AUGGCUGUGACCGAGAACCCAACUUCGGUCAUCAAAACGCCGUUUGAGCACCCAGUCGACCAAGCCAAAAUCCCGCAACCUGCCGAAUUGACAGCCGACCAGACGAAGAAAUACGAUGAGGUGCUGAAAGCUGUAUCCUCCAUCACCUCGUUGCCUACAAGCCUCGCCAAGGGCGCGAGUGAAUCCCCGCUGACUGAUGAUGAACGCAUGUUCAUGACCCGGGAGUGCCUACUUCGAUACCUACGAGCUACGAAGUGGAACGUUUCGAAUGCGAUAAAACGGAUCCGCGAUACACUGUCAUGGCGAAGAGAAUAUAUUGGCGAUAAAUUGACUGCGGACUAUAUCUCCAUCGAGAACGAAACCGGCAAGCAAGUCAUUCUGGGAUACGACGUGGAAGGCCGUCCCUGCCUUUACCUUAUACCGUCCCGACAAAAUACAGAUAAAAGCCCCCGGCAGAUUGAGCAUUUGGUCUUCAUGCUUGAACGAGUGGUCGAUUUGAUGCCUCCCGGUCAAGAGAAUGUGGCGCUUUUGGUGAAUUUUAAAGAGACAAGGUCCGGCCAGAACGCUACUAUAGGCCAGGCAAAACAGACAUUGGAUAUCCUGCAGAAUUAUUAUCCAGAGCGUUUAGGCCGAGCUCUUGUACAAAAUAUACCUUGGAUCAUCUCGGGAUUCUUCAAAAUCAUCACACCGUUUAUCGACCCGGUUACGGUCCAGAAACUCAAGUUCAACGAGGAUCUGCGCAAGCAUGUCCCUCCAGAGCAACUACUCGCAUCAUCCGGCGGAGACGUUCAAUUUGAAUAUGACCACGCUGUAUAUUGGCCGGCCUUAAACAAACUCGCUGAACAACGCCGUGAGUUGAUGCGUGAACGCUGGGUCAAAGCCGGUCAAAAAGUGGGCGAGUCGGAAUAUUAUCUUCGCGGAGGCAGUGAGGUCGCCGCAUCGUAA